UUGCGAGACUCUCAUUCUCUCCUCACCUUUCGCUCUUGACAGUCGCAAUGCCACUCUCUCAUUCUCAACCAUUGUUAGUUGUCAAUGUCUUCCUUCUCCUUCCUCUUCCCUCUAAUUUUAGCCACCAUAACCAACCCAAGAAAACCCAUCAAAUCUUCAGCAAAAGUAUCAUCAUUUCCUCUUGGGGGGUUUACAUUACUUGUUUUCUCUUUCUGGAUCCUCAUUCUCUUGUUUGGGAAAGAUGUGCCACAAUAGCAUUGUUGUUUUGUGGUAUGUUUUAUUUGGGGUCCUCACGUCUCCUGUCCAUUCCAAGACCGCCUCUCCAGAUGUCUCUGCCCUUAAUGUGAUGUAUAGCAGCUUAAAAUCUCCUUCACAACUUACUGGCUGGAAGUCGAGUGGGGGUGACCCUUGUGGUGACUCCUGGGAAGGGAUCAAAUGCUCUGGCUCAUCCGUAACUGAAAUAAACUUAUCUGGCCUUGGACUCACUGGAUCAAUGGGCUACCAGCUUUCGAGCUUGACAUCUGUCACUCGCUUUGAUUUAAGCAGUAACAACCUCAAGGGUGAUAUACCAUAUCAGCUCCCUCCUAAUGCAAUUAACAUAGAUCUGUCUCAGAAUGACUUCACUGGUGGUGUGCCUUAUUCGAUUUCUCAGAUGACUGACCUUGAAUACCUAAAGCUUGGUCAUAAUCAGCUUAAUAACCAGUUGAGUGAUAUGUUUGGAAAACUUUCAAAACUGAAAGAGCUGGACCUUUCCUACAACUCACUGUCUGGCAAUUUGCCUCAGAGUUUCAAAUCACUCUCAAGCCUCAAAAAAUUAAAUUUGGAGAACAAUCAAUUCAAUGGUCCAAUUAAUGUCCUUGUUGAUCUUCCCCUUACUGAUUUGAAUGUUGAAAACAACCAAUUUACUGGCUGGAUUCCCAAUGAAUUAGAGAAUAUAAACUUAGAAACUGGAGGGAACUCCUGGUCAUCUGGCGCUGCUCCUCCUCCUCCCCCUGGUGCAAAACAUCAUGCUAAUCGACACCCAACCAAUAAUGGUGAUGGUAAGUCUGUCAAGGGUGGAGUGGCAAUAGCCGGAAUAGCUAUGGGUGUACUGGUGGUAAUUGGGAUUCUAAUUACUCUUUUUUCAAGAAGAAAGUCUUCUCCUUCUUCAAAUUUCCUUGAUGAAGAGAGGAUUAGCCAGCGUAGAUCAUUUACCCCCCUUGCAUCUCAGGAAUUAUCCCAAGACUUGCGAGCUGACAUAAGCAAAAGCUUCAAAGAGCUUCAGCCAUUGGAUCGGUGUGCUUCAGUUGAUAUCAAGUCUUUGCAAAAGUCUCCUUCAAUUGGUCCUAAGCAUCCACCUUAUGAUUUGAAGCGAUCAUAUGAUGAAAAUGAGUUUACAAACCGUUUGAAUGCCCGAAGAAGCACCUCCCUUCAUGCUACAUCUUACUCCUUGCCAGAUUUACAGCUUGCUACCGUUAAUUUCGCAACAGGCCGCAUUCUUGGUGAAGGAUCUAUUGGACGUGUUUAUCGAGCUAAAUAUGCUGAUGGGAAGGUUUUAGCUGUGAAAAAGAUUGACUCCUCACUUUUUCAAGGAGGGCGAUCAGAAGAAUUUGCAGAAAUUGUUUCGAACAUCUCCAAGCUUCACCAUCCAAAUCUUGCAGAGCUUGUUGGAUACUGUUCUGAACAAGGCCAUAACAUGUUAAUUUAUGAGUAUUUCAGGAAUGGGUCACUUCACGAGUUCUUGCACAUGUCAGAUGACUAUAGCAAACCACUAACUUGGAACACAAGAGUCAGAAUUGCAUUGGGCACUGCUCGUGCUGUUGAGUAA